CAGCACUAUAGUCUCGAACUUUUCCGCAACCGCUUUGCCUCGUGCUUUCCUCGGCGUGUCGCCCGGAGUCUGGAUUACGCAGUGUUGUGGUUCCGCGGCGGCGGCGUGGCCUGCCACCCAGCGAGCGUGCGUCGACUGUUCGCGCAUGCGCUGUUUGCUCGCCUGUUUCGGCAUAGUGUGCUCUGCAGGCUUCCAGCAACCGUCAAUUUUUCUGUGCGUCCAGCCAAGACAAGGAGAGUUCGGACGCAGGUACGCCAGCAGCGCACCAUAUUUGCGUCGGAUGUGCGGGCCACAUCAUCCAUCAUCGUCACUGACGUGAGCCCGCCGGGGUCAGCGCAGCGAGCGGCCUCUCCUCCAUUGGAUGGCGUCAGUCACGUGAUAUGCUAAUCCUUACCGGCGGGGCGGAGCCAUGGCGCAGCUCGGCGACAACCCCAAAGAAAAAUUACUUACAUCCAAUUCAGCCAAAAAUUAAUGAUCAUGAGUUCGUUUUUGAUGAACUCGCCGUCCUAUGUGGACCCGAAAUUCCCACCUUCCGAGGAAUACUCGCAGGGAAACUACAUUCCGAGCCACGGCGGUGACUACUUCGGCCCGCAACAUCACCCGGCGCACCCGGCGUACGGAUUUGGCGCGGCGUCGCACGGCCCGCCGUACGGACCUUCGCCUGAGAACGGUGCUUACACGGCUGCAACGUCACCUCACUAUUACCAGCACUCAUGUUCUGUGACGCAAGCAACUUUAAGUCCUCUGUCGCGGCCUUUGGACCACGCACCCCCACCAAGCAGCCCCGGGUAUGGCCCGCAGGGGUCCGCCCCGGCUGCUCCGAUCCCUCGAUCACCGUCACCUCCACCACCGGCCUCGUCGGCCGGGGGAAUGUUACGGCCUUCGGCGCAAUCGCCACACCACAUCGGACAGAUUCACAGUCCUGGUUCAGUGCAGGCAUCGGACUGUGCUGUUUCUCAAACAGGCCAGCCUGUCAUCUAUCCGUGGAUGAAAAAGGCUCACGUCAAUGCUGGCCGGUCCUUCCUGUUUGCCUCGGACCCAACCAAUGGCACCUUCACCGGCAUGGAACCGAAACGGCAACGGACAGCUUACACAAGGCACCAGAUCCUAGAACUGGAGAAAGAGUUCCAUUUCAACCGGUACCUGACCAGGAGACGCCGCAUCGAGAUCGCCCACUCUCUGUGCCUCUCCGAGCGGCAGAUCAAGAUCUGGUUCCAAAACCGGCGCAUGAAGUGGAAGAAGGACAACAAACUGCCCAACACAAAGAACGUGAAAAAGAACGCGAACCGAGGUGGCCAGCAGAGUCAGCAAGCACACGCACAGAAUCAACAGUCGGACCACACUCCCCCUCACCAACAGACGCCCCCAGGACUGCAAGUGCAGAGUCCAUUAGCGUUAACGCCUCAUCAGCACGCUCACCUACUCAACAACCAUGGCUCGGGCAUCGGGCAUCCGACACAGACACACAUCAUGUCGCCCCUCUCCCAGCCUUCCAUCGACACCAAAAGCGACUAUGGACUCACGGAACUGUGAGCCGUGUGGUGCUAGCAAUUGUGCCGUGUGUGUUGCAGGUGCUGUUCACGCUCUACGAAGAGCAGAUCUCCUCUCAAAAGUUCCUCACAGAACUAUUACGGGUCUCUCGUACACGGACCGAUAGGACCUCAGAGUGCGCUGUUACCGGCGACUGGCCUGGUGCAGCAGGCGUGUGAAUGUUUGUGUCCGCGAUCUGUGUCGUACCUGUAAAUACUUAGACAUAGAGACUGAAGAGUACCCCAGCGUUAAGGUGUAGGUAAAUAUCGUCCACAGUCCACCGCAUCACGCAGGCAUGUCGAACCGUACAGUUCUGUUUACUUUAGUUCCUAUAAGUUAACAUUUCGCCAUCAAAAUAAAACGAAGGAAAGCCUGCUGUGGAUGUAUAGCAAGUAUCUUCAAAGGUAGAAGUCACGAUGAGGUUGAGCAUCCGGUGACGGUUGUUCUUUGAACAGAAUGCCCUCAUUCAGUACACUCCUUUGGUGGCAAAUAUUGUGUGUGCCACUUUUGUUUGCAGAGAUGGGAUCUUCGAAAGCAAGGCACGAGACAGGCAGGCUCACAGGAGACCGAAAUGCAAUAGUAAAGCGGGUGGAUACUCUGAUCCGAAUGACUUGGGAGCUAGACAGAGGAAGACUGAUCACAGCUUAAGUGUCCCCCUUACAUUCUUAAUGCAUCAGAAUUAUUUAUCGGAACUUUUGCACCUGUCCAUGAAGAAGUGUCUCGCUGUCUGUACAACCUUCCGGUAUAUAGUGUCCGUGCGAUCGAAGAGUGACGGUAGUGUACUGCUAACGUUCGAGCCAGAUCUAUUUUGGUAAGGCGCUCUGCUGGUAUGGAGCUCACAAGGGGAACUGUUAAAUUUGUUUAUUGUGUGUGACGAAAGAUACACAUGAAAGCCACACCGCCACACGCUUUGGACUACUUGCUGUGUUCCACUUUAGUAUGUCUGUGCUUGUACAGCGUUAAUUUAUGAGUUUUUGUGAUUUUUGAAAAACAUGAAAUUUGUGAUAUCUUGGGGAAACGUUGGUGUUAGCACGAACCGUCAGGGUGUUCAUUGUCUGUUUAGUUGCCUGGUUAUGCAGCCUUUCCAACGUCAUCGGUCAGAUGUGUUGGUUCAAUUCUACAAGAAUGUCGAAGUUUAGUAGUGACUAAUGAGUAAAUUCAGAAAAAGCCAGCUAUACUCUACCGCAGAGAAAGACAUGAUGACGCCAUGCCCACUUUAUCUCAGGAAUACAAAGUGACGUGCAUGUAAGCAAAAUACUUUUUCAGGAACGAAAUGGCGUUCAGUGAGGUUGCAUUGAUGCAAAAUUGCGCGCAAAAACUAAACCAGAAAGCCAGUUACAAGAUGCUAUAGAUAAUGUUAGACUUUGUGAAGCCCUUCUUGUUCACGUCAUCAUCAUCAUCAUCGUUGUUCGGCUUUAUCAGUGUUAAACAAGAUAAAAUUAUCACAUAACUAGGUAAUGGACGAAUUUUCAACAGUGCAGAAUGCGAUAAUAAAAUUAGGGACGACAACAGAACAGGCGUUAGUACUACACGAGGUCAUAAAUGCGAAAACCACGACUAGCCGGGCAUUACUCUGUGACAAGGGGUUCAUGAAAUAGAUAAGAUAUGCUAGAAACAUAGUUACGAAAUGAAUUUCAGUAUGCUUAGCCGGUGACGAUUUAAUUAGCGUUUACUGGGCGAAUGACUGACGCAUGAUUACGACUUGCAUUUGCGUGAUUGUUAUCUUGGUAAUGAACACGUUUUCAUUCAAUGUACUCAGUACAAAUAUUAUUAGGCGGUGCUACGUCAUAGAAUCAUGGGAUCUUCACGGACGAUAAGAUGCGGGAUGCAAGGUCUCCGUUCUCGUUUUCCUUGCAAACAAUUGCUCAUAAAGAUGCGUAGUAUUGCCUCGAGUAAAAAAAGAAAGAAAUGAUAAUAUUGCUCCUCGUCAGGGAACAAUGCAAGCAGAAGAAUACAGGAAGGAUAGAAUGGAUAAUAUGUGCUAUUGAUGUUCUGGAACAAAGCGUGUACUACUUUUCGUGAGUGCUUAAAUUGUGUACUCAUAACCUCACAAAUCUCCAGGAACUAGUACGAAUGUAGUGUACACCGCGUUGAACGGCAUCCUUGGAAUUCACGCAGGUUCUGUCAGGGAGUCAUUCAUGACAACUUGUUUUACAGUUCAACAAAAAGACAGACAACCGCUCUACGUAACCGAAUAAACAUGCCCGAUAUAACUCCCUCGAACCGCAACGAUAUUAUUUUGAUGAUGAUGAUGAUUGCGGUUGUGUCAUCGCCCAGGGUUAUACUCUACCGCGUUGUUCGGUGAUAAUAUAAUGAUGUGUGUACGUUUGAAAUUCCCUACAUUUUAUAAAAGCUUCUGAAUCAUAAAUACAUUGCAGUAAAAGAAAAGAAAUCGCCGGGUCGGGUGGUGUCCAACAUGUGUCCAUCAGAUGUGUCCAGAUGUGUCCAACAUGUGUUCAUCAGAUCGCAGGAUUUGCCACAAGAUUGUGUGUCGGAUCUUGCGUCGAGUCAUUCGUUACGUUCGGUACGUUGCCACUUAAGACGCAGCGCUCAGCAGUUUCUGUUCAUAUAUUUACACAUUCCAAACUCUGCGGAACUGCAUAGCACUGCCAAAGCAUAACGAAAGGAGUACCUAAAUUCUCUGUGUGAGCGCAUAGGAUGUGUACCGGGGACCUUUACAGUAAAGUGUGGUAACGAGAGAUGUACAAUUGGUGUAAGAAACGUUCAUUCAUAUUAAACCAUUUAAAGGGAAGGGCAUUGCUGUGCUCGUGUUAUUUAAUCGCGUUGGUGAUAUUAUGCUUUGCUCGCGGUGAUUCCAGAAGAGAUUGAUAAACUAACGUGAACCGUGCCGGCGUGCCCAGAGACCUCUUGCACGUUUCCUUUGAGGCUUUCCGGUGAAAAAUGACACAAGUGAAGUGGUGUGUAAAAAGAAAAUGUUGAAAAUGUAAAUAAACGGGAAUUAAUGUGUGAGAAGAAGAGCACUUUGAUAUUGCAAUAUAUGAGUAACACCAUUUUGCUGCGUGAAAAAUAAAUAGCAGCAUUCGCCCCAAAAACAGUCCAGUUGAAGUUGAAAAGCAAUGAAAGGGACAUGCAACUCAUGUGGUGCGAUGUUGACUAAGGUAAAUGUGGGUUAUGCACCAAUUCAAAUGUAUGCAGACAUUCUGUGAAAGAUGACGUAACUCGUGUCCUUUUGCCAUGGUCAUGCAGAAAACAAAAUCAAGAUUACCGAAAGUAACGGCCGGCGUUCGAGUGCUUACGCUAUGUAUUAUGUAAGUAUGUGUUGUAGGCAUGUUUUUGUUUUAAUUUUGUUUUCCUGAGGUAUUUGUGAAUGUUGUACAGAAACGAGACUAUUUCGAAUGCAAGCCAAUAAAACAGAAGAUGAAGCGA